AGCCCUGCGCUGGGACUGGGGGAGGCGAGACGGCGGAGGCGGCGGGUGGUGUUCGGCCCCCCUCCUCUACGCUUCCAGCCCACGGGCGACUGCGAACUCCGGGCAGCCCCCGGGCGGCGGCCGAGGAUGGCUAGAUAGCGGCGCGCGAGCGGCCCUACACAGAUGAUGGACAUUUCUUUAUGUUUGAAACGACCAUCCUUCCUGGUGGACAGCAAAAGAAUGAGGAUGACUUCAGAUUUCCAGUGGCUCUUAUUAACAGUUCUGCUUCUGUAUUUAACGAAUCAAGUAAACAGCCAGGAAAAAAGGACUCUUCCUGAUUUGAAGUGUGUAACUAACAAUUUACAAGUGUGGAACUGUUCUUGGAGAGUACCUUCUGGAGCAGGUCAUGGUGCUGCUUAUGAAGUUUGCAUUGAAAACCGGUCCCAUUCUUGUUACCAAUUGGAGAAAGAUAUUAAAAUCCCACCUCUUUUACCUGGUGAUUAUGAAAUAACAGUAAACCCUUUAUAUGAGUUUGGAAGUUCCAAAAGUAAAUUCAUACUAAAUGAAAAAAAUGUUUCCUUAAUUCCAGAAGCUCCAGAGAUCUUGAAUUUGUCUGCUGAUUUCUCAACUUCUACAUUACACCUAAAGUGGAAUGACAAAGGUUCUGUUUUUCCACAUGACUCAAGUGUCAUCUGGGAAAUUAAAGUUCUACGUAAAAAGAAUAUGGAAAUUGUAAAAUUAGUGACCUACAGCACAACUCUGAAUGGCAGAGAUACAGUUCAUCAUUGGAACUGGACUUCAGACAUGCCCCUGGAGUGUGCCAUUCACUAUGUGGGGAUUAGAUGCUACAUUGACGAUCCUCAGUUCUCUGGUCGCAAAGAGUGGAGUGACUGGAGCCUACUGAAGAACAUCUCCUGGCCUCCUGAUUCUCAGACUGAGGUUUUUCCUCAAGACAGAGUGGUACUUGCAGGCUCAGAUAUAACAGUCUGUUGUGUGACUCAAGAAAGAGUGUUAUCAGCACAGAUUGGCAGUACACAUUGUCCCCUUAUCCAUCUUGAUGGGGAAAAUGUUGCAAUCAAGAUUCACAAUAUUUCUGCUUCUGCAAGUAGUGGAACAAAUGUGGUUUUCUCAGUAGAAGAUAACAUAUUUGGAACAGUUGUUUUUGCGGGAUAUCCACCAGACAUUCCUCAGAAACUGAACUGUGAGACAUAUGAUUUAAAAGAAAUCAUUUGCACUUGGAAUCCAGGAAGACCGACGUCCUUGGAGGGCCCACGCAGUACAAGUUACACUUUAUUUGAAAGUUUUUCAGGAAAAUAUAUUAGAUUUAGCGGAAAUAAAGUGUCCACAAAUGAAAGCUACCAGUUAUUCUUUCAAAUACUUUCAAACCAAGAAAUAUACAACUUUACAUUGAAUGCUCAAAAUCUUCUGGGUCAGACAGAAUCAACACUUUUAAUUAACGUAACUGAAAAAGUUCAUCCCCGUAUUCCUACUUCAGUCAAAGUGAAGGAUAUUAAUUCAACAGCUGUGACACUUUCCUGGCAUUUACCGGGCAACUUUACAAAAAUUAAACUGUUAUGUCAAAUUAAAAUUAAUAAAACUAACUCAGAGCAUGAAUUGCGGAGUGUCACAAUGAGGGGGGUAGAAAGUUCAAAUUAUCUUACUACUGUGGACAAGUUAAAUCCAUAUACCAUAUACACUUUUCGGAUUCGUUGUUCUACUGACCCUUUCUGGAAAUGGAGCAAAUGGAGCAAAGAAAAACAGUAUUUAACCAAAGAAGCCAUUCCUUCAAAGGGACCAGAUACUUGGAGGGAGUGGAGUUCUGAUGGAAGAAAUCUAAUAAUAUAUUGGAAGCCUUUACCCAUUAAUGAAGCUAAUGGAAAAAUACUUUCUUAUAAAGUAUCGUAUUCAUCAGAUGAGGAAACACAGUCCCUUUCUAUUGCUGAUCCUCAACACAAGGCAGAAUUACAACUUGAUAAAAAUGACUACAUCAUCAGUGUGGUGGCAAAAAAUUCUGCUGGCUUAUCACCACCUUCUAAAAUAGCUAGUAUGGAAAUUCCCAAUGAUGAUCUCAAAAUAGAGCAGGCUGUUGGAAUGGGAAAUAGGAUCCUUCUCACUUGGAAUUACAACCCCAACAUGACCUGCGACUAUGUAAUUAAGUGGUGUAAGUCAUCUCAAUCUGAACCCUGCCUCAUGGACUGGAAAAGAGUCCCUUCAAACAGCACUGAAACUGUAAUAGAAUCUGAUCAGUUUCGACCAGGUGUAAGAUACAAUUUUUCGGUGUAUGGGUGCAGAAAUCAAGGAUAUCAAUUAUUACGUUCUAUAAUUGGAUAUGUAGAAGAAUUGGCUCCAGCUGUUGCUCCAAAUUUUACUGUUGAGGAUACAUCUGCAGAUUCUAUAUUAGUGAAAUGGGAAGAAAUUCCUGUGGAAGAGCUUAGAGGGUUUUUAAGAGGAUAUUUGUUUUACUUUGAAAAAGGAGAGAGAGACACAUCUAAGAUAAUAGGUUUGGGAUCAAGUCGCUUUGACAUAAAGGUUAAGAAUAUUACUGACAUAUCCCAGAAGACACUGAGGAUUGCUGAUCUUCAAGGUAAAACAAGCUACCACCUGGUCUUGCGAGCCUACACAGGUGCAGGAAUGGGCCCAGAGAGAAGCAUGUUUGUGGUGACAAAGGAAAAUUCUGUGGGUUUGAUUAUUGCCAUUCUCAUCCCAGUGGCAGUGGCUGUCAUCAUUGGAGUGGUAACAAGUAUCCUUUGCUAUCGGAAACGAGAAUGGAUUAAAGAAACCUUCUAUCCUGAUAUUCCAAAUCCAGAAAAUUGUAAAGCUUUACAGUUUCAAAAGAGUGUCUGUGAGGGCACCGGUGCUCUUAAAACAUUGGAAAUGAAUCCUUGUACCCCAAAUAAUGUCGAGGUUCUGGAAACUCGGUCAGUGGCUCCCAAAAUAGAAGACACAGAAAUAAUUUCUCCAGUGGCUGAGCGUCCAGAAGAUAGCUCCGACGCAGAACCCGGAAACCACGUGGUUGUGUCCUACUGUCCACCCGUCAUCGAAGAGGAGCUAGCCAGCUCAGGAGCAGAAGAAGGUGGAGGGGCCUCACAAGUCAUUUACAUUGACGUCCAGUCCAUGUACCAGCCUCAGGCAAAACCAGAGGAGGAACUGGACAGUGACCCUGUAGGGGGAGCAGGCUAUAAGCCACAGAUGCACCUCCCUGUUACUUCUACUGUAGACGAUCUGGAUGCAGAUGAUGACUUAGAUAAAACUGCAGGUUACAGACCUCAGGCAAAUGUAAAUACUUGGAACUUGGUAUCUCCAGACUCACCUAGGUCCACAGACAGCAACAGUGAGAUUGUGUCUUUUGGAAGUCCAUGCUCCAUUAACUCCCGACAAUUUUUGAUUCCGCCUAAAGAUGAAGAUUCUCCUAAGUCGAGUGGAGGAGGAUGGUCCUUUACAAACUUUUUUCAGAGCAAACCAAAUGAUUAAGUGUCCCCCGUCACUUCAGUCCACCAUCUCAAUAAGCCGCCAUUGCUAGAGUUGCCACAUCUACAGGGCACCUUGGAGGAAUCCUGUGAAGUGUUGCUAGUGGGGUGGACUUCCCUCUCACAAGUUACACUAAAAAGUGUUAAUGUGCUUUUCAUGCAGUCUCAAAGCCAAAGUACAGUAACUCAGAAAUUGGAUCCACACAACUCACAAUUUGGAGCUAUUUGGGAUUCGAGCCAAAGAAUCCCACUGCUCUGCCUUGAAGAAGCUUUUCAAGAACAAGCAGUGCCAGGCCCAUUCGUGCAAAACAAACCCUCCAGCAGCUGUGUUCUGUUGUUCAUCUGGUUUUCUCACACAUAUAAUUUAUGGAGUUGCACGCAGAUUUGCAGGCAGGGGGGUAAAAUGUCAAAGUAACAGGUGAUGUUACUUGCCUGACAUUUGCUCCAUUCUAGAUGAAAACCAAGCACAGAUGUGGAAACUUGACAUUCUUUAUCCACAGCAUUUAAGAAAAUUAAUAUAAUUUUUAAUGUAGCAGCAGCUAUUUAGUGUUUUGUUUGAUAAAGUAUGCUGAUUUCUGUGCCUACUGUAUAAUGGUUAUCAAACAGUUUUCUCAGGGGUACAAACUUGGAAAACGAGCAUGACACUGACCAGCCCAAAUCAGAAUCAUGUCUCCUUGCUUUGGUAGGCAUUUUACAUUGUUCCAUUAUUUUUUAGUGUUUGUGCUAGCUUCCCUUAUUAGGUUGCCCUAAUAUUUAAAACUAAAUUUCUAAGACUAUAGAUUUUAAGUUUCUUUUAAAAAUUGUGUUUUUUUAUGACAGUGUCAGUUUUAUAAAUAUAUGAGCAAAUUCAAUAUUAUUCAUAAACAUAGGAUUCCAGUGACUUACUAUUUGAGAUGACUACUGAGCAAUAUCUGGCAGCAUCAGCUGUCUGUAUAGGUCGGAUUGGCCUCAGUUCCUCCUGAGAAGACCAUGCUUUGAGCCCUGGUUGCCCAGGCAGUGUGACCAUCUCUGACACCUGCUAGCAGGUGUUCUUUCUCAUCGCACAUCUUAGCAAUUCCUUCCUCUUCAUCAGUCCAAGCUAGUUGUUUCAGUCCUCAAACUUUUAAAUAUAAAACUAUAAAAUAUAAUGCUUCUUAACAGGGACAGUUGCUUAAGGGCUCUUUCAUAUAGAAUGUCAUUACAGCAGAUUUGAAUCCUUGGGCGUACCUCUAUUAAAGGUGCAGCAAUGGCUUUGGGAGCUGUCAAGAGUGGGGUCCUCACAGAAUUCUUUGUUUACCCCCGAUCUUCACAAGUGACGUCUGGAAUGAGUGUGGUUCUUGGAAAAGCAGAUUGCAGAGCUAAAAACUGUAUCUUCUAUUUUCCCUGCCCUCAGGUUGUCUGUGUAUUUUAUCUUUUGAGAGUUAAGGCCAAAGUACUUGAAAAUUUGGAAGAUCUGAAGAAGUCACGAUAAGUCCCUUUUUAUUUAUCAUUCGAGAUUCUGUAGUGUAUGUGCACAUAAUGGAUCAGGUUUUUUUUUCUUUUCUAGCCCAUGAUGUAUCAUUAUAAAAACCAUGUUGUAGAAAAAAGCCUCAACAAGGGACAAAAAUCUACUUAGGUAGUACUCUGCUUUAUGAAUCCUGAUUUUAAUUGCUAGGAUUCAAUUAAAUCCCAGAGCUUCCUGGUAUAUGAACAUGUGGAGUGAAAUACAAUUAAGUAUGUAUACACAUAGUGCAGUCAAACCACAUAAUAGCUCAUAGAUAUUUUCAACAAUGAAAGUUGUAUCACACCAGAGCCACCUCUAGACAGUUUGCUCUGUCCUGUUAUUUCUCCUGUUGGGCUCCUUCUGUUUGCUUCCACCCCAGACCCUGAGACCUGGGUUGCCUUCUCUCCCUGCAGAAGCUUGUUACCACACCCUCUCUCCCCCAAUUCAUGCCUCUUUUCCCGUCAAAACUCACCAGUCCUGUACCUCAUCUCUUUAGGAUAAGUGUUUAGGUCUCUAAAGUGUCUCUUUAGGCCAAGGUAGAAGUUUAUUGAUCUUCACUCCACUAACCUGAGAUAAUGGAAAAAGGCUGGAAGAGAUUGUUUGAUUUCCAUCAUGUGUGUUGGAGCUGCUACCAUCUACCUACAUAACGACUCCUUUGUUCAGCUCAUGGUGCAUUUCACCGGGUCUCUCAAGUCCUCUCACUCCGUCCAAGGCAUCAUAGCUUUUUCUGUAUGAAGCUUCAAAGUGCAGCUCACCUCUCCCCUGCCCCUGGGGAUCCACACACACGAUCACUGGGUUAAUGAGCAGCAGAAUGUCUCUCUGUUAAGUCUGGGCAGGCUCCUUAUUACUUGUGACAGGCUUAGAAGAGUGUGACUUAGGUCUGAGGUCAGAACAGAUUUCUCUAUCUUUCCCCUGUUGAAGACUGCCAGACCUGAGCUGCAGGUGGGAAGUGAUUACCACCCAACCCCUGGGCACCUGGGGGCAGGGGGAGGGGAGGGAGCCAGAGGGAAGAGGGCACCCUCUGUCCCACAUCCGGUUGCCUGUGUCACUGCAGACCCUGGUAAAUGUUCAGUGCCGGGACCCUGCACAUGGGUGAGAGGUGGUCUAAUAGGGCCUUGCUCUGUGCAGUCAGAUUAGCUCCUCUUCUGAGGGAGGGCUUCCCUCCAGCCCUUCCUGACUGGGAGAAUAAUUGGGAAACCCACCUUUCCAGCCAAAGUUUCCAGUUAAAGCCCAAUCAUUGGUUAGAAAAUUCUAAAUGUCUGAAAUAUAUGCCAGUAUGUCUUGAUUAGAGUGCCAUGUAAAGGAUACAUUUCACAUCUCCUCCAAGCCAGCAAACCAGACUUCCAUUGUGAGGAAUGGAGAUUCUGAUGGUCAUUGUGACUGCAUUUCUCUUAUGAGUGGCCAUCUGAAAUAAUAUUUAACAUAAAAAUAUUCUUGGAAGACUUAGCUAGGCUUUUGACAUUAGACAGGCCUUGUAAAUUGAGUGUUGCGUGGACUAGCAUCCAUAUACGAUUGAAGUCUUCAGUGUGCUAAACCUGUCGGAGCCUGAGCUUGACAUUGUGGCCCAGGUAUCUGGAUGGUUGGGUAUUUAUUGCUUCAGUGAUAGAGGUGCUCCAUCCCUGCAGUUUACACACAGUGGCAGCCAUUCCCAGAAAAAUUUAAAGGCAGACGUUUCAGCCUCAUUUUCCAUACCAGCAUUGCUUUCACGGCUCGUGGAUCUGAAGGAUUGCAUUGAGAACAUCUAGUCCUGUUGCACUCUCAGAAACUGUGGUAAAAGUCACAUUCUUAAACCUUCAUGCAACUUGUAUUCUUGUUAGAAAUCAGUCCUGUAAUUUUUUAGUUGUCUUCAUACUGGCCAUAUUUAAAGAACGUCACAGUCCUUUUUUGUACUUAAAUAAUUAGAUGUAGUUUAGUGAAGGAGACAUGUGAAUGUUUUCUUCCAAAAGGAAUUUGGAAUCAGUUUUAUGAUGGUUUAAAAUGAAAGUGCUCCCUAACCUGUUAAUAUGCAGAAAAUAUUAUCUCAAAUUUUUCUACUGCCCAGGCACAUAAUCUGAUAAAACCUUUUUUUUUUCUAUUUAAGGUAACUUUUACUGUUUUCUGUUUUGAACCAUGUUAAUUUGAAAUUUGUGUAUCUUUUAUAACAUGCAUUUCCCCCCUUAUUUUGAAAGUAUAAAAUAGGGCAUCUCAGAAGUCAAAUGUGGGAUCAUUAGUUAAUCACUACAACUAGGCACAUAAUGGCAAUUCAGUCAGGUUUUUUACUGACUGAGUCCCAUCCCAGAAUGUGUUGAUUCAGCAGAGUUCUCCAGCAGGAUGGUGCAUGCCAAGAUCUAGCUUGUAUAGAUCUGAGACCAUUGGCGCACAGAUUCAGAUCUACUGUAGAAGUGACUCCACAGGUUGAGUGAAAACUUGGGUCUUACACAGGUAUCUUAUCUACUCUAAUUUUAAAUAUUCACGGUAACUUUUAUAUGAUGGGUUAACAAUGCGGGACAUGUUUGUACCAACCAAUUAAGUUGGUUCUAGCAAAUCAACACAUUGAUGCAUGAGUUUUACUGAUUAGAAUGAGCACUCAUUCUCCUGAUAAACUCUUAAAAGCUUUUAUUUUAAACUGAUACUUCCUGCUGAAACAAAGUUUCAUGGUACCAUGGCCAUUUUAUUUUUUAUAUCCAGAAGAAUAUCUUUGACAAAAGAAAACGAUUUGUGGCUAAACUUACUGGCAGUGUAGCUUUUAGACAUGACCUUAGAAUAUCAUUGGAAAUGACUUGUUUUGAGUUUGGUCUAUUUAUACCUCCAUGGAUUAUGUGCCAAGGCUAUUAAUAUUUAAACCUCUUACUUCAAUUAGGCGGUGAGAUUUUUAUUCUUUUUCAGUUAGUACUUUUUGUCUUUUAACUAUUACAUGAUCAUAUUCAUGCUGAUUCUAACACAGAUGAACUGUCUUUAAUGCUGGUAAUAGAUAAGAGAACAAUAUUCUGUUAAUUGAGAUGUCAGAUUCUGUUGUAUAUGGUAAAGUUUCAUGGGAUGUGAUUUGAAUAUAUCCAAAUCCUUAUAGCUAUGAUACUGGAUUAUGAUGGAAUUUUAUUAUUUUUAAUCAUGAAUAGCAUUUCUUUCUCCCUACAUUAAGAGUGUUAAUAUUUUGGAUUAUAAAUCAUGUUAUCAAGAGAAUUUACAUGUGCGAGACAAAUAAUGUGGGACAUUUUUAUGAAAAUUAAAAGUAGUGUUUUUGGAGGGAAAGCCUCUGAAUUUUUUUUAAUAUGGGAGUGCCUAGUUGAAGAAAUACAGAAACAAUAAAUUCAAAAGCUUUUAAAUAAGUAAACUGUAACUGAUUGAAUAUUAACCAAACACAAAAAGUAAUAAAUAUUACUCUUUGGUUGCUGAAACUGAAUACCCAAAAACUUAAAAGAUGCGUUGGGGAAAAAAAACGAAUGCUUAAUUGAUAAGGAAUUAAUUUUUAUUACAUUUAUUAAUGCAUAUAUCAUCUAAAAUUGCCUUUGCAGUAGCCAAUCAGAGCUUUAAAACAAAAAAUCUAACAACAUAGACCUUACACUGCACAGAAUCCAAAAGUAAUUUGUAUACCUGAUUGAAUUUCACCUAAGUGUAUUGAAUUUCUUUAUACAUUUAAAAUGUACUUCCCUUUAGAAUUACCCCAUCUUAAAUAGGUAGCUUUCAGUUUCUGAACUUACUAUUUUUUCCUAAGCAUUCCAGUGGUAUAUUAUAAAAGAUCAAAAGAUUUUUAGGUGGUAAUGCAAUUUUAUUUACAAAACAUGGACACGUUAACUGUUAGGUUUAACCUUAGCAUUAGUAUUUUUGUAGUUGACGAUAGAAAACAAUACUGAAUAAUUCUCAUAAAAAUUUUUUUCAAAUCUCCCCAGUUUGAUUUUCAGGACUUUUCCGCAUUAUUUAUUGAUACAUCCUUCAAUUCCAUUUUUUCCGUCCAGCAUAAUGUUUCAGAAAAAUGUGACUGUUAUGAAUACAACACACAAAAAAGAAACCCACUUCCACUCAUGGUUGUGGAAGGGUGGAUAUUCCUGGGAUUGGGAUUUAUCCAAUUAUUUCCUCCAAAAGGGACAAGGCUUUUUUUUUUUUUACAUUUUAAUUCAGAAUUGCUUGAGAAAAUUUGACCUGGAUAGAGAGACAUCCUCAGCUUGAGAUGGUGCCACCUUAAAGUAUGUCCAAAGGUAGAGUCGUUUUAAAGCACUCAGCUUUGCUCAUUGGAGUGUGUUCCCUUUCCUUCUCUUUUGUUAGCCAGCUAGAAGUCAGGUCCUUACAAUGCUAGACCGUCACCAUUUUUUUCUUUCAAAAUUGCAUUAUAGUGAAUUACUGUUUACAAAAUACACAUACUGUGAACAGAUAUAAGUUUUUGUCUUUUAUAAGGUUGUUUGUAGAAUGAGUGUUUUUUUAAAGGGGAUGUUAUAUGUUAAAUAUUUUCAGUUUUUUAUAAAUACUAGUUAACUGUUUACUAAUUUUUGUUUGGUCAGGUGUGUGCAAAUGUAGCUGAAAGGGAGAAACUGCAAAUCCAAACUGGCUGAUUUCUUGAAAUGUUACCACUACAGACUUUUUUUUUAAUCCUGAAUGAUCAGUUGCGAUGUUCUGUACCUAAGAUUGCGCUUAAUCAUGUCAGGAAACUUAAAUACACAUACGCAGGAAGCAAACUAUAUAGAUUGCAGUAUAUUUGUGUGUUUCAGUCUGGUUCACAGAAUUUGUAGUUUAACAUGGAAUAAAAUAACUCCACUUACAGAGAUAACAACUGAAGUAUUUUCUGCCUUAAUGAAAAUUUGGAAAUUAUGUUGCUGUUAAAAGGAAAAAUUUGGACACUUUAAAUCAUUGUAUAAUUUCAGAAUUUAGUUUACUUUUGGGAAACAUGGUCAUAGCAAGAACAUAGAAUUAUAAGUAACCUAUUACUAAGACACUUAAAUAUAAAACUAGUAUGCUUGGCUGUUAACGCUAAAGAUGUUACUUAUGUCUGUUUUUAAAACAUGCAUGUAUUUAACAAUUUUAUCAUAGUAUUGUCAUGGAAAAAAUAAAUAUAUUUUCUUACACUGA